AUGGCCCCUUCACGGGCUCCAAGUGCCCUUCUCCUGCAGUCUCUGCGAUCUCUGGCCGUGGAAAACUCAGCAUGCGGCACCGCUGUCCGCACCCUUUCAACCACGAGUCCUGCACGUCAGGACGCCGAAGUCCAACGAACGUCCUUCUACCAGAAUCCCGAUCCGGCCACCGUCUUCGUACCCCGGCUGGAGCGCAAGCUGAUGAAAGCCGGCCACCCACCGAUCGGCUCACGGAGACGUCGCGCGGCGUUGGCACAAUCGCCCGGUAUUCCCUUUGACCAACUGCCAUAUCAGUGUUUCCAGGAAGCUCGCAAGAUCUUGAUUGAGGACAGAGCAGAGAAACUGAAGAAGAUUGAGACGGAAAGAGCUCGUAUUGCUCGACUAGAAGCGGCCGACCCAGCGACAUUCCGGGGCGGCGAAGCUUACAAACAAAAGAGGCUCAAGAGCAUGCGCGCAGAACUCGAAGAGCUCAAGAUCUUGGCUGACAUCAAUGAUCCUAACGUCAAACGGAGAUUCGAAGAUGGCAAAGGGGACAUGAAUAAACCCAUCUACAGAUAUCUGGCUGAGCGAAAAUGGCGAGAAUACCCUCGGAAAAUCUUGGUCCAACGCAUCACCCAGAUGAAUGUGGUACCAGAUGUGAUUCCACAAUGCGACCCGAUCUUGGACGUCAAGAUUGCCUUUGGCCGAAAAGCCGUUCCACCGGGCGAAUUCGUGCGAUCAGACAUCAGCGAGAACCCAUGCCAAUUGACGCUACAAACCUUUGAACGAGGAGAGAAGCUGGUCAGCAUUGCCGUGGUUGACGCGGAUGUACCCAACCUGGAAAACGACAGCUUCGACUCGAGAUGCCACUUCCUGGCUUCCAACGUUCCCAUUUCUGUGACUGAACCUCUGGUCGACCUCGGCAAACUCUCUGCUGACAACCAAGUCCUCCUACCUUGGCUACCACCUCAUGCCCAGAAAGGUAGCCCAUACCACCGGCUAUCUAUAGUCAUCUGGCAACAAAAGGACAACAUCCCCAUCGACCUGGAAGUUGCCAAGAGCAAGAUCCAACGAGAGGACUUUUCCGCUCGCGGCUUCAUGAGUCGACACUUGUUGACCCCGAUCGGCGCAUCCUUGUUCCGGACACAAUGGGAUGAAACCAUGGCUGGUGUCAUGCAAAGAGCUGGACUUGAGGGUGCUGACGUCGAGCUCAAGAGGAAAAAGGUUGAGCCUUUGCCUUAUAAGAGGCGUAAUCCUCCUAGCUUCAGGUAG